CCUUUACAUCACUAUUGCAAGUCGUAUAACUGAAAAACAAAAAAAAUUCUAGUAGAAAAUUUCUCGAUUUUUUAAUUAAAUAUCCAGAAAAAGCAUUACAUAACUGCAAAAACUAUCAAAAAGCGAGGCAGGUGAUCGAUGGUUACAGCAAACAAGGACGCAAAGGAAGCGAAAAACAACAAAAUCAUCACGAUGAGCGAAGCAAAUGGCAUUUUGGAUCGCGUUUUGGGCGACGUUAGCAAGAAAUCUGCCGCACAACAAAUUCUCGUGGGAGCCGGAAGUGGAUGGGCUACCGGUUACGUCACAAUGAAAGUUGGUAAAGUCGCUGCCUUGGCAGUUGGCGGCGGCAUCAUUUUGCUGCAAUUGGCACACCAACAGGGCUACAUCACGGUCGACUGGAACAAAAUUACGCGUAAAAUGGACAAAGUUUCGGACAAAGUUACCGAAGCUGUGACCCACGAGAAGCCCGGAUUGUUGGACAAGGCUGAACGAUAUGUCGAUCGUGCGAUCGCCACUGCCGAAAAUACCGUCAACAAGAAGCGAAAACAGGCCAAGAAAUGGUACGCCAGCUUCCUCGGCGACAAUGACGGACCCAAAAUCAACGAUUUCCACAUUUUCUUGAUAAGUUUCGCCGCUGGCGUCAGUCUUGGCAUCGGAAGUGCUUAAGUUCAUGCGAUUCCGACACGUCUCCGAUACGCAUUUGGGCGGCACCGGAGAAAGUAGUCAUCUCGUCGUCUUACGUUAUACGCUUUUUGUCUGAAAAAAAUGAUCUUGCAACUAAAGAACAAUCACAAAAAAAUUAUUUUUAAAAUUUCUCGAAUAUUUUCAACGAGAUUCGAUUAACUCUAGUACUUAACGCAUCAAUUUUCCACUUUAGUAUUUUUUUAAAAUGAAAAUUAGUAUUUUUUAAUCGCUUUCAACUGUUUUAAUUUCCUUUCUAUGAUUUUAAAAGUUACUCAGCACAGUGAUAAGGCGAUAAAUUAA